UUUCGCCAUCUUGUUUAACUAUUCAAUAUUAAUUUGGCUGUAUUGCGAGGAUGUUUUUAAAAUUAUAAAUAAUAAGUUAUAAUCGUGAAAAGCCUGACGAUUUCAUUUAGAGGAGCGCCUCGUAACUCACUAGACUUUAUAGUCUAGUUCACACUUUUGAAUAGCUCAUACCGCAACAAGCAUUCAGAAUGUCUGCACACGAGCAAAUGAGGGCGAUGUUGGAUCAAUUGAUGGGCACAGCUCGCAAUGGUGAAGCUGACAGGCAUGGGGUCAAGUUUUUUGAUGAUUCUGUGUGCAAAUCAUUUUUACUACAAUGUUGCCCACAUGAAAUUCUAUCUUCAACGCGAAUGGAUCUAGGUGAGUGUCCAAAAAUACAUGAUCUGGCGCUGCGGGCGGAUUAUGAGUUAGCGUCAAAGACCAAAGAUUAUUUCUACGACAUUGACGCAACGGAGCACUUAGAGGCAUUCAUAGCGGACUGUGACCGUCGGACUAACGCCGCCAAGCAGCGCCUGGCCGAAACCCAAGAGGAACUGUCCGCGGAAGUGACCGAGAAAGCUAACUCUGUCCAUGAGCUCGCUGAGCAGAUCGGUCAGAAACUGGCGAGGGCCGAGGCGCUGGGAGAGGAGGGUAUGGUGGAAGAGAGCGUCAAACUGAUGGGAGAGAUAGACGAAUUGCGUAAAAAGAAAGCAGUCGCGGAACAGGAAUACCGCAACUCGAUGCCGGCGUCGUCCUACCAGCAACAGAAGUUGCGCGUCUGCGAGGUGUGCUCCGCCUAUCUCGGCAUACACGACAACGACAGACGGCUCGCCGAUCAUUUUGGAGGAAAAUUGCAUCUCGGAUUUAUCACUAUUCGUGAGAAGCUUGCUGAUUUGAAGAAAAACGUAGAUACGCGGCGGGAAGAGCGCGGCGCGUCGGAGCGCGAGCGCGGCGGGGGCGGGGGCGGGCGGCGCCACUACGUCGGCGGCCGCGAGCUCGACCGCCGCGCGCGCCGCCACCGCGAGACCGCGCGCGAGCGCCGCGACGACCGCGACCGCGACCGCAAGGACGACAAGCGCGAGCGCGGCGACCGCGACCGCGACCGCGAGCGCGAGCGCGAGCGGGCCGAGCGGGAGCGAGGCGAGCGGGAGCGAGGCGAGCGGGACCGAGAGCGCAAGAGGAGUCGAUCACGCAGCAAAAGCAAGCGGGAAGGUUCCCGGGAGCGGUCGCGCGACCGCGAUCGCGACCGCAACCGCGAGCGCGACUCGCGCCGCAGCCGCUCGCAUCUGUCGUCGUCGCGCGACCACCGGCGGGACUAGCACCACGUUCCUAGGAUAUUCAAUACGGGAGAAUAUUAUUGACGCGCCAUACGAAUCUUUAACCUGAAGGUGACCUGUUUGAUUUUAACCUAUGAAUUGAAAGAAUACUAGUGAUUAUUUGUGAAGUUUUCAAGAGAAAGGUAUCAUAAAGACGAAAUUUGCUUGUAUAUACGAAUAACUUGUCAGGGCGUCCAUAUGGCAAGCGACAAUGUGGUACCUUUUACUUGAAAACAACAUAUACUAGGGGCAACUGGAGUAUUAUAGAAAUCACAGAAAAAAUAUCAGAUGAGCGCACCUAGCAACAUGCCUUUAUCUUAUUUAGUUGCAUUAGCUAGUUGGUUGCUCAGCUGUCUAUGAUUGUUCAAGCUUGUUUUAUUUGCUUCAUUACUUUUGUUGAAUAAUGAAAAUAAUGAUGAAUGUAAUGAAUGCGUCAAAAUCACAUUGGGAAGAAAAAAGUAGAGUAGAUUUAAUAAAUAGUGGGUUGGAUGACGAAAAGGAUUGUAAAUGAUUUUUAAAGAAAUUAUUCCAUUUUUUAUGGUUUACAGGAGUAAGAUUCACUCAUUUGUCUGAGAUGUGUAAAAGUAGUUUUCUCAAGUGCUGUCAUGGUGAUUAGAAUGAAUUAAUUAACAGUUUUUUUUCGAAUAACUACGCGACAAAACUUAAAGGACUUUUUUUAUUUCCAAUUAACAAAUUAGGGUUUUUUGAAAAAUUUACGCUGUAGCCAGUGCCUAGGCGCCUACCGCGAACAUCGAAACCUGAUUUUUAUAUGUACGCGGUAGGCACGUAGGUAUAUUUAUUCCGGAGUAAAUACUAUGGCUAAAAAGUGUGACCGAAAGAGAAGUCAAACUAAAGGAUUGCAUCUCGUUUUGAUUUUGACAAUAAUGACGUGACGAACAACAAUAUGUGACGUUCCACGGAUAAAGGUACCUCAUGGCGGUUAGCGUUUACUCUAUUAUUAACGACGCUCCAAGACUAAUGCGGUGCUACGUGACGUAAACGCCGACCGCCAUAAUGUACCUUUUCCGUGGAACGUCACAUUUGCGAAAAUAACUGGCUUGUGUGUGACAGUCCUCUGGUUUAAUACUCUCUUUCGGAUAGUGUUCUCUAGUCUCCUGAGAUCACCUGUCUCGCUGCUCGGUGAUAAGGAUCAAUCAGCAAAAUGUAACACUCCGGGUCUAAAAUUAUCCGUGGGUAGCCUCUUGACCUUCAGUAUUGCCGUCUAGUGCGAAAAAAUGUUGGAUAACUCUUAGGUUUUAGCAGGUUCAGUUUCGUCACAUCAAACUAUUUCCGUCUUUGUUAACCCUUUAACCGCUUAAAAUUAGAGUUUAUCAGACUGCGGCAAAAUGAGCUCGAUAUGGUAUGUCUUAAAUAUCAGACUACGGUGUUUAAAAGGUUAAUUUAAUUUGAUGUAAAACAUUCGAAGCCGGUUCUUGCGCGACUGCUUAAAGACUAGGGACUUUAGUGUAAUUAAUGUUUAGGUUAGUUGUUUUGUUUUAAAAAUAGAAAAUAUAGCAAAAAUGAAAUAAAGCAAUAAGGACACGCACUAUUUUUGUUUAAUGUUUUGUUAGUAUUUCAUACAAAACUUUUAUUUGUAAUAGGUUUACCAAUAAGUAAGUGUAAAAGGUUUUAUGAAUCAGCUCACAUGUUUGUGUUAAAAUCGGAUCGGGAGUAGGUAGCAAUUUGUACAAAGAUUUCUGCUCUGCACUCGUUGAUUUAAUAAAUUUUUACCUAUUAAA